CCAGCCCGGUGCUGCUCCCGAGUGCAGCGGUGCAGUCGUCAAGCGCGAGCCAGCUUAAAAUACUCCCCGACUGCCGCGCGCCUCAUAUUGAUUUUGCUACGUAUCAAAGCCCGACGACUAUCCAUCAACCUCGACCAUGGGUAAAGGAAAAGGUGGUGGCGGAGGUGGAGGCGGCGGAGGUGGAAAAGGCGGUGAUAAAAAAGCAGCCGGUGGCGGCGGCGGUGGUGGCGGUGGCGGCGGAGGGAACAAAGGAGGUGAUAAAGGAAAAGGAGGCGGAGGUGAUAAAGGAGGAGGAAAGAAAGGUGGUAAGAAGUGAGGUCUCGUUCUCGGUCGAAAGAUGACGUCGCGGUCGAAAAGACUGACCAUCAACAAACGACCAACUUCCUACAACUAUUUCACCGUUUCUGCUCAUUCCAUUAAACAAUUUCGAUUUAAUUGUCUCAGAAGUAUCUUAACUUUAUGUGUUGAUCAAUGUUACGUUAGAUAAUGACGCACUUUUGUACAAUUCGCUCGUAUACGUAUUUUGACUAUACCUAAGUCAACUUUUCUGAGUUUGUCUACUAUCGGUAUCCGUCGAAGACUCACAAAUUCUUGCAGAGAAAUUCUUACGAAUUCUCCUAUUCCUCCAUCGACCGGUAGAAGAAUAUGAUACCUCUUUAUUAAGUUCGUUACUCAAGUACCUUGUCUACAGUUGGUUUACGCGCUAUUGAUGUUGAUCAGGAAUUGAUUUGAGGGAAGGGAAGUCUUACGUCUCACGAAAAGGUUCUUGUGUAUUUUUCCAGUUUGGCAAGUUUCGCACAUUAAUAUGAUGAAUUUUGUAAAAAGAAGAAAAAAAACAACUCUUUAAUAAUUUCGCAUCUUGUUUGGAGCAUACAAAAAAAGGUCGUUCCUCCAAUUUUUUCUACUCAUAAAUGGCAAGAGGAUUCAUAAUUAAAUUGGAGGGAGUCCGAAAAUUGACAUCUUAAUUUUUAAAGUAUAAUUUCUUAAUUAACUAUCUCUCAGUGCCAGCUUAAGUGACCAAUUUAACAUGUUUCCUUGAACAUAAAUUCCUUCGUGAUGCGUCUUAACCCUGAGGGUAAACAUGUGUUUGGCCCGCAUUUGAACGGACCCUGAACUGAUUCAAUGUAUUUUGCUAGAGCCUUUGCUCCCCAUCGUGUAUUCUUUUUAGGCAAUAGAACUUUUUACUCUAGAAACUUCUCACUCGUGUCCUCAGUCGACUAUCACGAAGAAAGAGUUCUUUUUCGUGCCUCAUUCAAUUCCUCCUCGAUAUUAGCAAGUGUCAGGGCUGGAAUCUCCUUAUUUCUCUCCCUUUCUUACGAUUCAAUCAAAA